AUGGACGAAGAAGGGGCUUACUUGGGGCAUGUCACUUAUCAAUGCAUUUACAGCGGCGUCUUGGAGCGCAUGAGGAAAACUCGGGCAAAUGACACGACUGCACAAGCUGCUUUACAGAAAAUUCGCGUGGCUCUGAAGGCGUGUGAUCAAGCAUCGCCUGGUUUUCUCUACGACUUCACCAAAUCUCUUCUGACAGAGGGAGGUCUGGAGAUCAAUAUGCAGGAAGCUUUCCUUCGUCUUCAAGGAAACGCUUCGGAUGAAGACCUGAAAAUUCCGAUUCCGGAAGUUCGCGAAUUUAGAGAAUUGAGUGACAGGGCUAUCAUGCUUCGACGAGUUCUUGCACGCGUGCCUGAAGAAAUGACUGAUCGUCGCAGAUUUUUGGAGACCAUCAAGGAGAUUGCUUCUUCGAUCAAAAAGCUUUUGGAGGCCACUAACGCUACGCUACAGAUCGUACCAGAAAGUGCUCAGCAUGCAGUUGAAAAGCGAAAGCGUGAGUUCGUGCAUUACUCCAAGCAGUUCAGCAAUACACUCAAGGACUAUUUUCGUGAUCAAAACGCUUUGCAGGUAUCCAUCUCAGCGAAUCGCCUGAUCUUCCAAACGCAGUUGAUCAUACGCACUGUGAACGAGAAAAUGCGCAAGCAU